ACAGUAUGGUAUCUCGUCGUCUUAUAUAAUCGCAGGUCUAGUUUUUUUAGACGCUAAAAACUACUGUACUUAGCAAGCCAUUUCCGAAACAUACGAAUAUGUGUGCCUAGCUAGCUAGCUACUCACCAGCAUAUAAAACCACUGCUCCGCGCUUCAUUGCCUCUUUCAGAGCUAACGGUAGCCUGCUAAGUUAGUCAGCUAACAUUAGCUGUGGGGGCUGGUUUUUAAGUAUUUUAAAUUGUUGGUCAGCUAAAUAAUAACACAACAAUUAAAAUCACUUCACAAAAUAUCUCCUAAAAGUUACGUUUAGCCACCGCCUUUGUCUCCUUUUUUCUCGCAUGCUUUCCCUCGGAGUUCCUCCCCCUGCGGCGCUGGGCGGAGUUUCAUACCGAACCAGACGCUCCUUUUGUCGGAUCCGUUUCGACCUUACUCCCCGGGGUUUAUGGCUAAGAAAAUAAGACAAUAAAAAGCCCCACCACCAUCACCACGACAUUAAUUCUGAUCAAUAACGUGGCUAGUUUGUUAGUAAAAGAAAGGUGGUCACUCGGAACAGAGGUCGUUCUUUUGGGUCACACGUCAGAGGCCCGGAGAGUCCAGGAGGAGUUACCUGCAGUGCCCCCACCAUGAACGGCAACAGUAGCCAGGCCGCACGCGUUAAGAGAGAGCAAGAUGGGGACGAAUGGAGUAAGGAGGACUGUCUGACUUUGUUGGAGAGGAUCCGCAGUCUGCUGCCCGAUGGAGACGGCAUGAAGUACAAGACGACCGAGUCGCACUUUGACUGGGAGAAGGUUGGCUUUGGCUCCUUCUCUGGGGAUAUGUGCAAGCAGAAGUGGCAGAAAGUCUCCAAUGAGGUCCGGAAGUACAGAACCAUGACAGAGCUCAUCAUUGAUGCCAUUGAGUAUGUGAAGAACCCUUAUAAAGGCAAAAAGCUGAAGACGCAUCCAGACUUCCCCAAAAAGCCUCUAACACCAUAUUUCCGCUUCUUCAUGGAGAAGCGAGCCAAGUACGCCAAGAUCCACCCAGAGAUGAGCAAUCUGGACCUCACUAAGAUCCUUUCCAAGAAAUACAAGGAGCUCACAGAAAAGAAGAAGCUCAAGUACAUCCAAGAGUUUCAGCGUGAGAAAGAGUCAUUUGAGAAAAACAUGGCACGCUUCAAAGAGGAGCACCCGGAGCUGAUCGAGGAAAGGAAGAAGUCUGACCUCCCGGAGAAACCCAAGACCCCCCAGCAGCUGUGGUACAACCAUGAGAAGAAGGCAUACAUGAAGCUGCAUCCAGAUGUGGGCCAAAAAGAGCUGAAAGAGGCCUUGCGCAGACAGUGGUCACAGCUCUCUGACAAGAAGCGCCUCAAGUGGAUCAGCAAGGCCUUGGAGCUGCAGAAAGAUUAUGAGGACAGCAUGAGAGCGUACAACGAAGCUCAUCCAGACUCCAUCACAGAUGAGCACGUCAAGUCGGUCCUCACCAAGGCUGAGCGGCAGCUCAAGGACAAGUUCGACGGCCGGCCCACCAAGCCUCCUCCGAAUGGCUACUCGCUGUACUGCGCGGAGCUGAUGGUGAACAUGAAGGACGUGCCCAGCACGGAGCGCAUGGUGCUCUGCAGCAAGCAGUGGAAGAUGAUGACGCAGAAGGAGAAGGACAUGUUCCAGAAGCGGUGUGAGCAGAAAAAGAAGCAGUAUGAGAUGGACCUGCAGAGGUUUCUGGAGAGUCUGCCAGAGGAGGAGCGGGACAGGGUGCUGACAGAGGAGAAGCUUGGGGGGACUCGGCUCACUGUUGGGACCGCAGCCAGCCCUCUCAGGGCAAAGUCCCCUUUGAGCAAGGACCGCUCUCGUGAUCAUGACCUCGAGCAGUGGGUGCAUGGUGUAGCCAAAGAGAAGAGAGAUGGGAGGAAGCGGACAAGGCUACCCGAAACGCCCAAAACAGCAGAGGAGAUGUGGCAGCAGAGUGUCAUCGGAGACUACCUCGCCAAGUACAGGAACGAUCGCAAAAAAGCACAGAGCGCCAUGGAGUCGGCGUGGAGGUCAAUGGAGAAGAAGGAGAAGAUCCCUUGGAUUAAGAAAGCGGCGGAGGACCAGAAGCGAUACGAGGUUCAGUACAGCACAGUGAGGGAGCUACUGGAGACCAGGACACCCCAAACAGGCCAGGGCAAGGGAAAAACCCGAUUUGAUGGGGAACCGAAGAAACCCCCUGUGAGUGGGUACCAGAUGUUUUCUCAGGAGCUGCUGACAAACGGCGAGCUGAACCACUUCAGCCUGAAGGAGCGCAUGGUGGAGAUUGGCAAACGAUGGCACAAGCUGAGUCAGAGCCAAAAGGACAAGUACAAGAAGAUUGUGGAGGAGCAGCAGAUUGAAUACAAAGCAGAGCUAGAGGCCUGGGUGAAGUCCCUCUCUCCUCAGGAACGUGCUGCUUACAAAGAGGUCUCCAGCACGAAACGGCGCAACACUGCCAAGGCACGAGGCCCCAGGGCGAAGGUGCGAAUGACGAAGGGGAAGGCGGUAGGUGCCACAGCCGGAGGACUGGGGGCCGGGGGGGGCAGGCGAGCGAUGGCGUACCGAGCCAAGCAGGACACGUCAGAUUCAGAUGACGAUGAGGAGAAGACCGACUCCUCUGACUCUGAAGAGGAGGAGGAGGAGGAGGAGGAGGAGUCAUCCGGCAGCUCCGACAGUGAUGAUGAUGACGAUGACGAGAAUGACGACGAUGAUGAUGACGAUGACGACGAUGAUGACCAGUCAGACGCCACUAGCAGCUCAACAGAUGACAGCAGUGAAACUGACUCGGACUAGCCCCAUCCAUCUAUGGAGAAGGGGCUGUGCAGGACACACCCCCCGACUCCGAAAAAUGCACCCCUCCACGAUGAUAGGGUGGGGCCUUCUGGGAUACGCCCUCAAAUAACCAGUCUGGUGGCUCUCUCCCUGUCGUGGAAAGGCCAGACCGAAGACUGGGGUCAACAGACUUUUGGCAUCACGACUUUUGCUCAACUGGACAACUUCAUUUUUUAACAGAGUUAUGUUAUGUGUGUGUGUGUGUGUUCUCAUUUUUAUUGCCUUUCUAUAGAUGUUAUUAAACUGUGUUGACCAUUCUGUUAUCUUUUCAACAUGAAUCAGAUGAAGCUUUGGAGUUCCUUUUUUUGGCACGCGUUUUAGUUUGUGCCAAGGUGUCAGCAGAGAUGGGGCAGGCUCAGUAAAUCCUAAGUUCGUGUGUCUGUCUGAAGCAGUCACAUGUAGGAAGAAAAGACUUUCCUUACUGUGCCCUUUCCUGGACACCUGGACACAUUUCAGGUUCAGUUCCAAAUAA